GGGCAGCGGGCAGUGGGCGGAGAGAGACGCCGCCGGCCGAAAGAGGGAAAGGAAAUGAACAGCGGCUACAACUUCAGCGGCUGCAACUUCAGUAGCUGCUCAGCCGACACCCACACGGGCAGCACCUCUGUGAACCGAGAGCCCAGCAUGUUGGUCAACGUCCCCACAGAGUUGCCGCUGCCGCCACUAUCCCGCACAGACCCCUCGGGACGGGUCAGCGGGAUAGAGUAACCUCUGCAGCAAUCCGGGAAGCUGCGCGGUGGAUGUUUCAAAGGCGAGGGAGAGUUGCCGACCAGUCAUGUUCGGCGCUCUGGCUGGGUUUUCAGUGGCAAGUUUACUGACGUUUGGUUACUUGUCCUGGGACUGGCUGGAGCCGGGGCUCCAACACCCCGGCGCUGGGGAUCCGCUGACAGGCAACUCUAACCCGUCCAAACCUCACAUCAUCUUCAUACUAGCUGACGACCAGGGCUUCCACGAUGUGGGUUACCACGGCUCCGAGAUCCACACCCCGACCCUGGACAGGCUGGCUGCUCAAGGGGUUAAACUGGAGAACUACUACAUCCAACCCAUCUGCUCCCCGUCUAGGAGCCAACUCAUCACAGGCCGGUAUCAGAUACACACGGGACUUCAGCACUCUAUCAUACGGGCUGGCCAACCUAACUGUAUUCCCCUAACCAAUGUAACACUACCUCAAAAACUUCAGGAAGCUGGCUAUUCAACGCACAUGAUUGGAAAAUGGCAUCUAGGAUUUUAUAAAAAAGAGUGUCUGCCGACACGUAAAGGAUUUGAUACAUUUUUUGGGUCACUUACAGGCAGUGGUGAUUAUUACACCCAUGAUAUCUGCGACGGACCAAAAACUUGCGGCUACGACUUGCAUAAGGAUGAAAAUGUGGCUUGGGAAUACAGGGCUCACUCUUACUCUACUUUCCUGUAUACGCAAAAAGCAGUGGAAAUUUUGGCAUCUCACGACCGGAGGGAACCACUGUUUCUGUACAUCGCUUUCCAAGCUGUUCACACACCUCUGCAAGUACCACACAAGUACCUAGGCCGCUACAUGUCCAUUGACAAUAUAGGUCGGCGGAGAUAUGCUGCUAUGGUGACGUGUUUGGAUGAAGCGGUAAAUAACCUUACAAAGGCAUUGAAAGCAUAUGGCUACUAUGACAACAGCGUAAUUAUUUACUCCUCAGACAAUGGAGGGCAACCGUUGGCAGGGGGAAGCAACUGGCCACUUCGUGGACGCAAGGGCACCUACUGGGAAGGAGGAAUUCGUGGCGUUGGCUUUGUGCACAGUCCACUAAUUAAAAACAAGGGGAGUGUCAGUCGGGGACUGAUGCACAUUACAGACUGGUACCCUACUCUGGUGACCCUGGCAGAAGGAGAACUGGAGGAAAAUUUGGAUCUCGAUGGAUAUGAUGUUUGGGAGACAAUAAGCGAAGGUAAACCUUCACCACGGACUGACAUCCUCCACAACAUCGAUCCCCUUUACACUCGUGUUAAAACCAGAUCACCUCGUGACGGAUUUGGAAUUUGGGACACAGCAAUUCAAGCAGCAAUCCGAGUUAAAGAUUGGAAAUUAUUGACAGGCAAUCCGGGUUUCAGUGAUUGGAUCCCACCACAAACCUUCCCAAAUUUUGCUGGGAAGUGGUGGAACCUGGAAAGAAUACUAUGGCCGAAAGGAAAAUCAGUCUGGCUCUUUAACAUAACCGCAGAUCCAUAUGAAAGAGUUGAUCUUUCUCAAAAAUACCCUGAAGUCGUCAAGAGGUUACUUUUGAGACUUGUUCAGUACAACAAAACUGCAGUUCCUGUUAAAUACCCACCUAAAGAUCCUCGGAGCAACCCAAGGCUCAAUGGUGGCGCAUGGGUCCCGUGGGAGAAUGGGGACGGAGAGGAGAAUAAUAUAAUUAAUAGCAUAGCAGACAAAAGUCCCUGUAAUGUCUGUAACACAAAACUCCGCUUCAAAAAACCUGUUUGGGGUUAGUAUUCACUUUAAAAAAUUUAAUUUAUAAAAAUGCUGAAUGUUUAGCAAAUGCCACGAUGGCAGAUUACACUUUAAAAUGGCGCUGAAUUUAGUAAUUUGUGAUUUCUAGACAACAAAUUAAUGCAUAUUCUGAGAGGGUGUUUCUACCUAUCCAUGUCCAUUGUAACAUCAACAAUGGAAGAUUAAUGAGAACUGGUCGGGGACGGAGGAGGGAAUUCUUCAGCACAGCUCGCCAUACAGAAGAAAAACACCACGUGAAAUAGCUUGUUAAAGAAUGUGUCUAUUAAGGCUGCCAAUGUCUGUUUAUUUUUAAAGAAUGUUUAGUUACAUUUCAGAAAAAAAUCAGGAUGUCCCUUUCUUCUCAGGGGUGCUUGAAAGUAUAUUUUUGUUAGCACUUGGUUCAAGUUUAGGAGCCGACAUUCCUAACAAAAACAGUUGUUCAAGAUUUCUUAUAGAAAAUGAAAUUAUUAUAAUGCGUUCAGUAAAUAAAUAAAAUUCAGUAAAUCAUUUACUUUUCUCUGGUUC